AUGCAUUUAUUUAUCGCGACACAUAAGGCCACAAAUGAUAUUCUUACCGAAAAUCUUCGAUUUGAACAGCCUUCAAGAGCCUUCAAGAGGCUGAAGGAAUGUAAUGAUCCGUUAAAUGGUCUCCAGAUUCUGUCCUAUCUGAGGCUGUCCGUCUAUCUGUUUACGAGGGAAGCUGAAGUCAAGUUAGAAGCCGCAUUUGGUCGUACCGCUGUUGGACCAAAUUCAUUAGUGGUCAAUGAACGAUCUCGUCGGAUAGCUUACUUGGCCGGAGCCUCGGUCGUGUUGACGUCACUAGACGGUACUAGAACAUCUGGUGAAGGUCAUUUAGUUGGAGCUGCUCGACAUCCCUUUACCUGCCUUGCGUUCAGCUCCUGUGGACGGUAUAUUGCUACCGGCGAGUCUGGUCAUCAACCUCACGUUCGAGUAUGGGAGCUCCGAGACGACGUGGGAAAUUUCACCGGGCAGGCUAUUCGAAAUUUUCCCUUUCACUCAAACUCAAUAGUUGCUGUUCGGUUCGUCCCUGGGACAAAUUUGCUCAUAUCCGUUGGUUGCCAGCAUGAUGCCACAAUAUGUGUUUGGGACUGGCGGAGCGGAUCGAAGCUAGCCACAGGAAAAGUCACAGCUGUUGUAAAUGCUAUUGCCAUUUCUCCCGACAACAUGAUGUGUGUAACUGUGGGCUCGAAGCAUGUUAAAUAUUGGCAUCUUCCUGCUGGUGAUUCUCAGCACGGUGCUGGGCUACAGUCACGCUCUGCGAUUCUUGCCGACCGACGAAGUUCGAUAUUCGUGGACGUUGUCUUUUUAGAUGCAAAUCGAGUUCUGUCAGUUACAGAAGAUGGAGCGCUAGUGGAGUUUCUCAACAAAAAGUACGUGAAGACGUACCGAUUUGACGAUCCAAAUUUACCGCUGUGUCUAUCGGUCACCAGGGAUGCAGUUGUGCUUGGUUGCACAAAUGGUGUGAUCCGUCUUUACGAAAAAGAUGACUUGAGAAUGCGAUGUCGAUUACCUCAUCCAUCCUUUAUCGGAAUGGAUCCGGCUGUCGCAAGUACAGCCGAAUUCCUCGAAGUUCAUCCAGACGGCGUAAGUUAUCCUGACGUCCGAGCGUUAUGUGCAACAUCAUCUGCUCCUGAAUCGUUUAUUGCCGCCUACUCGGAUCGUUCAAUGUUUGUCUUUGAACGAGGCGAUGCCCCAGAUCAGUGGAAAAAGUUAUCGAGCUCUCUGGCACAUGUUGGAGCGGUAACCCUUGUCAAGCGCUAUCCGUCACAGUUCCCUUACCUGCCAAGUGGAUCGUUUAUAACUGCUGGCGUAGAUGGUACGGUACGGAUAUGGAGUAUGGAGAGGAAAAAGGAUAAGACUUGUUCCAUGCCGAGUACCAAUCUAUUGUCUCCAACGCUGAAGAAGAUCAUACACGUUGAAGACGACAUCACUUCACUCGUGGAGCCUCGAGGAGAUGUUGGCCUUGUGCCAAGUGAAAGAGUGGAAACUACAACUGGAAUUCGUUGUUUGACUGUGUCUCCAGACGGGAAACAUCUCGUAGCAGGAACAAAAAGCGGAAACCUCCACAUAAUUGAUCUGAGUGAUCCUGAAAUGAAUGUGGUGGAAGUGAUUCCUGCACAUGAGCUCGACGUGCAGUGUGUAGAAUAUUCGGACAACUCACGAGGAGCUCCAUAUUUGUUUGCGUCCGGUGGUCGAGAUCGUUUGGUUCACCUGUUUCGACCAUUAGAGUCAAAUUACGAGCAAUGUUAUGUGAUUGAUGAUCAUCAGAGCGCCUUGAAUGCAGUUUGUUUUGCACAGAAUCACAACAGCGACCUCUACCUUUUCACAUGCGGUUCAGACAGAACGAUCAUCAUAUGGCGAUUAGUAGUUUUCACUCAGGACACCAUACAGUUCGUUCGUGAAAAUUUGAUCUCUGCCCAAAUAGGAAUAUGUGACUUGCUGGUCCCAGCGAGCGGUGGAACAAUAUUGGCAUCGUGUCAAGAUCGCCAACUCCGUUCUUAUUCGUUUUCUGGGAAGCUGCUGACUACCGUCAAAGGCACUGGCGGUGAAGCUGAUUUACAGCAAGGGUCUCUGGGAAAGUUCUGCCUCGACCCGUCGUGCACCUACGCGGCUAGCGUCUGUUCAGAUCGCCAUGUCUAUGUGGUUGAAGUUCGUACUGGAAAGUGCGUUGCGGCGGUGACAGGCAUCGGUGAAUCGGCUACCGACGUUGAGUUCUCCGAAGAUUGCAGGAGACUGUACGUGACAGCCAGUAAUGGCUGUAUCUUUGUUUGGAGGUUGUCGGAUACGUUGGUGAACCGUAUGCAAACGGCAAAAGCGGCACUUGACACUCUGAUUUCAAGUCAACACGCCUAUAAAUUAAUCGAAAUGUUAAUCUUUUGUCCCCAUCUACAAGUAUCGUUUCCAUUCUUUGCCGCUGAGUAA